CCUGCAUAAUAUGAGCUACAACAUUUAAUUUCCCUUUGGCGUUAAUAAAAUAUUUUUGAAUUGAUUUGAAUUAUUUCUAAACUUGUUUCUUUAAAUUUUAAAGAACUGUUCCAUUAAAUGGGCUAGCUGCCAUAAAGAAAGCAAGUAUAAUAUGCCGUCUCAUCCUGGAAUACCCAUGUGUGCAAUCAUGGAACUGAUUUUUGCCCUUCUCACCACUAGAUGUCAGUAUAAAACUACUUAAAAAUAUACCUGUCUGCUUCACCUAUUAUUUGUAUUUUCCUGUUAUUUCACAAGUAUUAGACAGUUGGCAGCAUUAGUAUGAUGAAUAGCCAGACACAUUUUCAGUUAACUUCAGUCAUGCUGUCCAUAAUAACAUGACAAAACAACACUGAGUCCAUAUAUUAGCAAAACCUGACAAUGUUUCCCCCUCAUACCUGACAGCAUGCACUGACCAACUGGCCCCCAUCUUCACUCAUAUCUUCAACAAGUCCCUGGAGCUGUGUGAGGUUCCCUUGUGCUUCAAAAGCUCCAUCAUCAUUUUGUUCCCCAAGAAACACACCAUCACGGGGUUAAAUGACUACAGACCCUGAUCCUGACAUUUGUGGUCAUUAAAUCCUUUGAGUGAAGCAUCUGAAAUGCUGGCUUCCACCUGUCAAUGGACCACCAGCUUCCUAACUGACCAGCAGCAGCAGGGGAGGCAGGGAAGCAUCUUCUCAUGCACAAGAACCAAUAGCAGUGGUGCCCCACAGGGGUGUGUUCUCUCCCCACUCGUUUUCUUUUCUACACAAAUGACUGCACCUUAGCAAUCCUGUCUGUGAAAUUCCAGACGUUUGCACAUGCCACCACUAUUAUUAGUCUGAUCCAUGAAAAUUGCAUCUGCAUACAAACAGGAGGUAAAUCAGUUGGUCCACUGGAGCUGUCAGAACCACCUGGAGCUUAACCCGCUCAAGACAAUGGAGAUGAUGGUGGACUUCCAGAGAAAACCACCAACACUGCCUACACCUCACCAUCCUUAACAACACUGUGUCUGCUGUGGAUCAUUUACAGUUCCCAGGAACCAUCCUUUCUUGGGACCUGAGAUGGUCCUCACACAUUGACGCUGUUAGUAAGAAGGCCCAGCAGAACGUACAUUUGGAGUUCCUGCAGCAACUCGAAAAGUACAACCUUCCACAUGAACUGCUGGUCAUCUUCUACGCAGCCAUUAUUUAGUUUGUCCUGUGUUUGCCUGUCACUGUGUGGUUUGCUCUAGACUACACUGAACAAUUAGGUCUGCAGGAUCAUCAGGGCUGACCAACCCUCCAUUCGGGACUUUUACAAGUAUAGGGUCAUGAAAAGGUCAGCUGAUAUCUCUGAAGACACCACAAAUCCUGGACUCAAUCUGUUUAGACUUCGGGUCGGUGCUACAGAGUUCUAUUUGCAAAAACCAUCCGCCACAGAAACAGCCUUUUCCCCUUGAUUCCGGAAAAAGAGGAACAGUGUUGUUAUUAUUUGAUGCUGUGAACCAUAAAACAAAUACAGCAGGCUGAAAACAGAAACGUUUUUAAGGUUAUUACAUUAAACAGUGUUGUAUCAUACUAUCACUGUUUAUUGCGCUCGAUGUAAUUCCCUUCAACCCGGUUGACAUUCCUGUGUCGGGGCGGGUUUAGGGCGUGUUCCUGGGCCGUCGCCGCUUCCAAAUGCGUUCCUCCCGGCGAUUGGACCGGCGCGGUCCCGUAAAAGGAGUCAAAGUUCUUCAUUGUACGCGCAGAGUGUCUGUCAAAAGUGCAUUUGGCAAGAAGGAAAAGAUGAGACAGGAUUCAAAAGAUGUGGCUGGACAGCAGUGUGGCCACUCAGACUUAAACGGGGUCCUGAUUGGAUGAAACCGAAGCCAGUCAGUGCGUAGGGUUAGUUAUUGGAGGCGGAGCGUUUCCGGGGCGGAGCGGGCUGAAUCUGUGGGCCCGCAAAGUGUGUGCACUCUUUGGGGUGGGCGUAUCGUUAUCUGUGACAGCGACGCUUGGAGACUUCCUAACAAACCUGUCAGAAAACAGACAACUAACGCCAUGGCAGAGUUAGACCUGAGUCUGAGCGACGCGCUGAUGGACAGCCCUCCGCAGCCCGGCCUGGAAAGCAAGGUGGAGAGAGACUUUGUGGCUCAGCAGGAGGCCGAGACGUUCGAAGAUCAGGUCAAGGAGACCGUUGGAAAGACAGACUACAUCCCCCUGCUGGACAAUGACGACACCGGGGCAGACGCUGGGGCUGCUUUGGAGAAUGGAGAGCAGGAGGCUCAUGGGGUGCAAAAGCCUGCCUCCAUGGCAACUCAUUCGGAUUCCCUGGCCUCUCACUCCAGCCCUGUCCAAAUGAUGGAUUCUGGCCUGUUGGGGACUUUCUCAGGCUUCUCCCAGCCUGAAGGGAUUGGAAUGAACGUGGAGGUGGGAACUGCACCUCUGCAGCCACAGAAGCUUCCGAGUGUAUCAGAGCUGCAGUAUCCUUCUCCCCGAGCUGGGUCGGACGUCCCGAAAGAUCACAGCGCCAUGCUGCCAGAACCCCAUGCUCCUCUGAGCCCCCUGGAUGUGUCAGCAGGUUCCUUAGAUGACUCUUGGCAAGACCAGACUGGCCCCCUAUCAACAGAGCCACCUUUCGAUCCAAGCAUUUCUGUGAGGUUUUCUGACCAAGCUGAUCUGCUUGCAGCCAGUCCAGAAGACACGCCUGACAGCUGGCCCAGCCGUGAAAGCACCGCCUAUGCUGGAGGUGAUGAAAGGGACACAGAUGGAUCUGACAGAAAACAGAAGAGGAAAAAGAAAAGGCGUCAGAAAGACGAGGGAUCCUAUGAACACCUUGAGGGCAGGGUUGAGCUGGAGAUGCAAGGAGCAGGAGAAAACACUCCUCCUGCUGAGGGGUUUUAUCAUAGGAUUGGCCCAAGAAGAGACAGAGGAGAGGGUGGAUGGGAAGAGCAACUUGGUAAGAGUGGAGCCCGCGGGAAGAAGAGUAAAAACAGGAAGAAGCUUCCAGAGGAAUGGUCAGUGACAGUAGAGCCAUUUGUUCCCUGUUCAGUGACUGCCUUAGAAACAAAAGCAGAAGCAAUGGUGGAUCUUGGGAGCCCAACAAACGAAAGAAUGGAGACCUCCUCUGCAGACACAAACACCAACCAAAACACCUGGAAGAAAGGGUUUAAUUCAGAGGAAGACUCUUCGCCUUUGUCUCAGGGUAUGCGCUCUCCAACUUCUGCUGCCAUCAGCCCACUGGUCCUGAACAGUGAGCUGAAUGCUACAGCAGCUCCAUUCACAAUGCCAUCUUCCACCAACAAAACAACACUCAGAUCAGUCUCCGAAGCUGCUUCCUCUGGUGAUCCAGUUGACGUCCUGAUUGACACUGAAAAUGCCAGUUUGGGCCACAGUAAUCAAACGUUUUAUCCUCCUUUCUCUACAGAGAAUACAGGAGCACUAGGUGACAUGGUAGAGCGCGGGUUGUUUGACAUCUCAAGUUCCUUUCAAGAAUCUUCCAUGCAAGGUGUUUCAGAAGAAGACACCUCAGCUUUCAGCUCUGCUUCACAGGCAAGCCAGACCCUUUCUCCUAAAGACGAGGCGUUGGCUUCUGCCCCACCCCUGUCACCCUCUGAUGCUUCAUGGCUGUUGAAUACCUCCAAGCUGAGCAGCAACAGUGAAAUAUUUGACCUCAGUGACACGAGUGCUUUAGGUCUUCCUUUACCCCUGGGUCUGUCCUUUAACACCCCAAGCCCAGCACCUCUCCGCUCACCCAAAACCACAGCACAAGAAUUCCAGCCCAAGCAUCAAGAUGGAAAAUCGACCCAGAAGCAAUCCAGAAAGUUCUCCCCACAGGCAUCCCCUGUUGCUUCACCGUCAUCUCCUCCUUCAGUCACUCCUGGAGUUCCAGGAUCUGGUCUCAAUCCUGCAGCAAAGCCUUUUUUUCCAAGCUUUGCUGAUCCAAUGGAAGACACAGCUGUGGUCCCUCCAGUUGUCCCCAUCGUGGAAGUUAAAUCUGACAAGUCAGAGAUAACAGAGAAGGAGAACAAACAGGAGGACGGCGUGAAGAAGGUGGACCCGUUGGAUGUCUUGAACAAAGCUGAGCACGGGAGCGUGAAGGUUAAAUUCACAACUAAUGAAAGUCUAGUCAAAGAGGAGAAUGAGGUAGAAAAGGGCAAGGAGAAAGCAAACAGUCAGGAAGAAGAAAAGGUUGAAGAAGAAAAACAAGCAGACAAAACAAAGGAGACGGAGAAGCAGGCAGAAAGGGUGGAUGAGCAAAAGGAAACAGAGAAGGUAAAAGAGAAAGAGAGGGAAAAAGAGGAAACUGUUCAGCAGACGGAUGAAAAGGAAGACAAAAAACCCAAGCUAGAAGACUCACCUGUGAAAGUGGAAAUGACAGAGAAGGUGGAGAUAAUCGACAAGGUGGAGAACAAAGGUGAUAAUGUGGAGAAGACCAACAACAAUGAGAAAUUUAAAGAGGAAAAGAAAGUGGAGAACAAACACGAUGAGAAAGCAGAAAAUUUGGAAAAGGUGGACAAAAACGAGAUGUUCAAAGAGGAAGAGGAGAAAGUAGAACACGUAGAUAGACAUGACAAAGACCAGGUUUCCAAAGGGAAAGAAAAAGCAGAAAACAAAACAAUUGAAAUAGCAGAAAAAACAGAGAUUAAGGACGACAAAGAGCAGCGCAAGGUGGAAACAACUUCAGAGCAACAGCCAGCACUCGUCAAGCUUGACCCGACUGAUCACAAGAUGGAGACGAAGACAUACGUGGAGGUAAAACCCCAAGCGGCAGCAGAGAAAGAAAAGGCCGACACGGGUGAAGCCAAGGAGAUGGAGAAAGAGGACGAGGCAGCCAUGCCCCUGGAGAAGCCUGCUGUAAAAGAAGCUCAGAAGAUAGAAAAAGGGGAGACGCAAGAUCAAAAGACGCUAGAGAAGAAAGACAGCAAGAAGGAAAAGGCUGUCAAAGCAGACGGAGACAAGGCCAAAAAACCUUUGAAGGCUGCAACCAAUGGAGGCAGCUCAACGGCAAGCAAGGACCUCACGACUGCAGACAGGAAGACCAAGCCGACUGCAGGUGCAACCAGACCAGCAGGCGCUGCCAAAACGGCUCCUGCUGGUGGUUCAGCCACAGCUGCCAACAAACGCCCCACACCCACUUCCACCAGCAGCACCACAGACAAAAAAACAACCACACUCAAGACAGCUUCCACAGUCACUGCCGGGCCUAAACGGCCCCCUGCCAGUUCCACCAGUCGCCCCUCAUCCCAACCCUCCACCACCACAGGCACACGUGACGUUAAACCUAAGUCCAUCACAGAGAGGCGUCCCCUGGUGCCGAAGUCCAGCAUGAGUCAAACCGCCUCAGGCCCUGCUACCAAAAACGGAACAGCCAGCACUGCAGCCAGCAAAACCGCUUCAUCAGUGCGCACAGCCGUGUCCACUCGCACAACAACUAAUGCUUCAGCCAAAAAGCCUCUGGCCUCUAAAACAGACAGCAAGCCAGGAGAAGAGAAGAAGCCCACCACUGUUAGGACUUCAACAGCUGACUCUACCAAGCCCAAGCCCACUACCACCACCUCAAGGAGCACCCCUUUUACCACUGCUGCUUCUCGCACUCGAACAACAGCAGCCAAACCAGCUACGCUGUCCCCCAGCACGGCCACAGCACCAGAAAGGAAGCCCCUGGUGACCCGCACCACACGACCCGCUACAUCAGCCUCAUCUACCACAACAAGUACCACCUCGAGGCCCAUGGCUCGACCCGGGACGGCGCCGGCCCCCGACAUCCGCAAUGUCCGAUCAAAGAUCGGCUCUACUGACAACAUCAAGCACCAGCCUGGUGGCGGGAAGGUGUCCUCUGCUUCUCAGAAAAGAGGCGUCACCUCCAAAGAAAGCAGCCAGGGCAAAGUUCAGAUAGUCUCCAAAAAGCUGGACUUCAGCCACGUCACCUCACGCUUGGGCUCCAAGGACAAUAUGAAGCAUGUUCCAGGUGGAGGGAAUGUGCAGAUACUCAACAAGAAGGUGGAUGUAAGUAAGGUGACUUCAAAGUACGGCUCCAAGGACAACAUCAAGCACAAGCCUGGCGGAGGUGUCAUGAAGAUCGAGUCCCACAAAGUGAACAUAAGGGAAAAGGCUCAGCCCAAAGUGGGCUCACUGGACAAUGUGAGCCACUCUCCUGGAGGAGGAAACGCCAAGGCUGAGGGACCCCAGGAGACUGAGGGGAGUGGAACUCCCAUGAUUGGCAACCUGACUCCAGCCCAGGGCCCCGAGCCAGGGCCUGGAGAGACCCCUAAUGCCCAGGAGAAUGGGCUGAAGGAUGGAGCUCCCAGUGAUGGUGAGGGUCUUCAAGAGCCACAGGCUCUGGACUCCCAAAUGCCAGAGACAAAUUGAGUCGUUCAAGCUCAGCUUCCGCGAGAAUGCUCGCUCUCGCACGGCCCACGGCGCUGACAUCAUUAUCAGGCCGGCCCCCCGGGACAACGGCAACAGUUCCCGCCCACAUGGUUCCUCGUUCUCCCUGCACGACCACCAAAGCCACCACCCAAAUUCUUGCAGUGUUUCCCUCAACGAGUAUCUGGCUUCCACUCACUAUGUCAGCUCCCCCUCUUCCUCCUUCCUUGCUGCAACUACAAGUGGAGGUCCUGGAGGACGACAGCAGUAGGACCAGCAGCUCUGUGAAGGGAUCUGGACCUUUUUGACCCCGUUUAUCUCAAAUCUGUUAAUGCAAAAUUAGAAUAGUACAGUGGUUCUCUCACCUCAUCAUGCGUCAUUGCCUUCAUCAUCACCACUUUCAUAUAUUUACCUUAAGUAACUGUUUAGACUGUGCUUGGUCCUGGUUGGUACUCUAUGCGAAGGAAAAUUCCAAGACAGCAAUGAUUUAUUUGAGUCUGGCAUCUUGGAAUCAUCGGCUUUCACUUGGAAGCCUAGUGGUGUACCUUCUAGAAAACCCUCCAUCAUCUCCCCUGCGCCCCCACCAAACGGCAGCAGCGGUGUCUUCAUUAGUCACUGGAACAAUUUGGAUCCCCUGUUGGAUUCCCUCUGGCUUCCAUCUCUUUUUCCUUGUGACUCUAGCUGUUUUUAAUCCCUGUAACCACGUAAUCUCUGCUUCUUUACCAUCGUAGUAACUCAGUGUCCAUCCCAUCAUGGCUUCCUCUCUCUUCAUCAUGAUGUACCAUAUGCAAGCUAACAAAAAAAGAAGGCUGUUUGAAUAAUUUUAGCCAGUUUAACUCUUAAUUCUCUCUGUUUGUGAUGAGGUGUUUGAUUGAAAAGAUUUUAUGUAGAAAUGAGCAUCUGUGUUCUGUUUGGAUCCUCUUUACUUCCUUCUUCCCAUCUUGUCUCUUGAUUAUAGAACUAGGUCGUAUUUAUUAUAUCAAUACUAUUCAUAGAAAAGCAAUACAACAGGUGUUUUAUUUCCUUUUUAUCAAGUAGUGCUCAGAAAAUCUUGGAAACACGCACAUGUUCUUGCAAACUAAGACACACGGUGAAGAAAUAAUAAUGACAGUGGGGUGGUGGGUGUUGUAGAAUGCUGAGUUAAAAGUUGAUAGAUGAAAUAAAAAGGACAUUUAUAGUGGUUAAAUAUCAGAUGUGUUGUGACUUAAGAACCUUUAAAAGAAAGUCGGACGUUUGCUAAAGUCAAGAAGCUUUAACUGAGUCCAGAGGGAGAUGAGGAAAAUGCAGUUCACAUGGCUUCUGAAACAAAAUGUGCUGUUUGUCUCAUAUGUGCCUCCAGUUUGUCUUACCUUGGUAAAAAAAGAAUCCCAGUAGAUAAGAGUGAUGCAGACUCACGCCUAAAACGGCUCAGAGAGAGAGAGAGAGACUUUGGUAGAAGGUGAAGAGAUGUUCUGCUCUGAGCAGCCUGGUACUGGUGUUUUGGAGGGAAGUUUGUACAUCAAGCUGCCCUGGUAGAUUGUUGUUCCAUUUCAGGUGUUUCUGUGUGGGUCAAGUUAAUUUUUUCUUGGCAGGUUACUAACGAUUCAGAUAAAUUUAGAAAUCAUCUGCAGUACUAUGUGUUCAGCGCUCAUGUUGCGUGCCCCAUGGUGUCACUUUAUUCUCUUCAAUUGCAGCAACCUGUUGCCUCCUGAUGCUUUUAAGGCAUGGCUAGAAAAAAACAAAUUCAUCCCCAAAGCUCAUUGGCAUUACUCCAGGUGUUGUGUUCUGAUGUGGCUUGUAUAAUAAAAAGAAAAAAGGAAAUUAACAGGAAGUACUUAUGAUUCGGUGUUAAGCUUUUUAUUGUGCCGCUGCAACAAUGUACAUACUGAUAACACAGUUUUAACAUUAUUGGAAUUCUUUUAGCCAAAUGCUAUUCUGUUAUCAGAGGUCAAUGGAUUAGUAAAACGAGUUUUUAUCAAUACUUUUAAUAUGUUGCUUUGUUAAUUCAAAAUAUUAAAUAGUUUUUUGUUUAGCUAAUACCAUGCAUAAUACAAUAUGCAGUUAUAUGGGGUCUGUUAGCAAACAGUGCUACAUUAGCUAUUGUUUAAACCUAAACAUUUCCCUAGCUAACAAUUGUAAGUUUACUAUUUUAUCACCAGCUUCUUAGAAACUACUAAUGUUUGAGGCUUCUGAAGGCUUCACCAUGGUCGCCUGCUAGCUAACAACUUCACCUGCCAGCUAGCGACCAUUGCACUUGGCUAAUCUAAUUUGAGCAUGAGUGAAUGUUUUCUGCUAUCACCUCCCCAAAAAUGUCAUUUGUUUCAACUUAGUUGAGCUCUAAAUUUGGUUUCUAAAAAAUGUAGAGGCAAGAUGUAAACAACUGUAUGCUGUACAUAACUUGGCCCCUAUAAGCAACAUUUUAAAAUUUCUAAUCAGUUGUUUUAGACAGGUGCUAUGUUGCCCUUCCAGUUACUGCAUAUUCUUCUUGUUGAUGUCAGAUUUUUCAAAUAUUAUGAUAAAAUUGUAUAAAUGAUUGUUUUUAUCAAAUUUAGAAAGGAAAUUGUCUAUGUAAUCCCCGAAAAUGCGGGUUUAGAUCUUUUUGAAGCAAGAUUAUGUUGCGAGCUUAUAAUGAUUUCAUAUCGUGCCUGCAGUCAAUAACCCUCUUAGUGUCUUAAUUUGUUUUACAUUUUGCUGCCUAAACCCAAUACUAGCUAGCCAUUUUUGGAUCAGUUUCAAAGCGUAUUUAUCUUUUUUAGACUGUUUUGGUCUCAGAGAUUUUAUUGCAUUUAUGGAAUUUUAAGAUUGCAAUUUUAAGAGAGCAGAGGUGCGCUUUUUUCCUUCAAUUCUACUCAAAUUAGUAGUUACCUUGAACCUCUAGCAAAAGCUAAAGGUUCACGUUAACUAAAAAAACAACCAAAGUGUUGCCAGUGUUAUCCUUUGCAGGUAGGAUAUUGACUGCUUAUAACCUCACAAUGGAUCCCACUUCAAAAAAACACAUCAAAUUCCUUUAAAUUAGUGGCCAAACACUAAAGGCAAGUACUUUUAGUAGUUUUCUUUUUCACAUAAAUGUGGGCUCUUAAGUCUUAAUAACAGGCCAACACACAUUAUGCAGGUUAAUAAGUUGGAUUUAUAAAGGACAAAUUUAGUUAUGGCUGCAAAAUUCUUUAAAAGGGAAUAUUUUGUUAUACAAAAUAUUUAACCAACCUGUCCUGCCUUUAGGCUAGCACGUAGCCUAGACCAUUACCAGAAAUGAAGCAGACACAGUCUGUCUUAAAAUUGGAUUACAUUUUUUUACCGGUUCUGAUGUGGAUAAAAAUAACAAAGGUGCUUUGAAUAUUUCUGAAUUCAUUGUUAUUCAUUCGUGCAUUUAUUUAUUACUCAAUGCUGACCUCACAUGCUUGUUUCUGAUUGGUUCAAACUGCAGGGCGUGAAAAAGCAAGGUAACAUGAGAAGCCAUGUUGAAACAAAAAGGUUGCAACAGCAAUUGGAAAGUUGCUGUUUGGUCAGUUGGUUAGCUGUGGUUAAAAUAGGUUAAUAAAAAGAAAGGAGUACUGAUAUUUGACACAGAGGACCACUAAAGCCGCCAUCAACUUCAACAUAGUCACAAAGCUUUAUUGAUCAGUCACAAGAGGUAAUGUCAAAAUUUCAAAUCAUGCUUCUGAAUUUUUCAUUAAAAGGGUUUCUGUAUUAAAUUGACAUGUUAAUGAUUUGUAAAAAACGAAAACAAGUUUGAUGAAACUGAACUGCACCUUAAUGCUUUAAUAAUAUAUCUGAGGAUUAACUGAGAUGGAGUGGUAAUUCCACUUUUUAUGAGUAGUACCUUUGACAUAAAUGAGCUUCUAUUUGGUAAUGGUAAACUGUUUGUGUGAAGUUUACUUGAUUUCUUGAGAUUUGUUCCCAUAAAAUGUGUUCAUUCUGACACAUGUAGGCAAUACCUUGUAAUUGCAGGAAGUGGGAUAAUUUCAUAUGCAUAUGAUGGCAUGUUGAAAAGGUGUAGCUUUGAUCUCUUAUGCUGCUGCACGGCUGUUUUCUAGCUGAACUCUUCCACAUACCUGUCCAUAAUUAAAACCUAGCUUUGCUUCUAGGCCCGAGUUUCUAAUACCCACUACUUUUGAGAUUGUGCUUGGAUGUAUAUAGACGCAAUGUUUAUUGCCCUGAAAUCUAAGAACAACCAAUGUACGGCUACAAUUAUUGGGUUUGUGGGCGGGGAAAGUUGCAUUGAUGUUUAUGUAGCUUUGCUGGUUUUCAUGGGAGGAAGCGUUUUAUCAUGACUCUUAUGGCUGUUAUUCUGAGAACAUCUGCCUUUUUUCGUUCGAAAGGGGCCACUGAAGUAAAAGAAUGUCUUUUGAGAUAUAUUGUGCUAAAAACGCAACACUUUUGUACAUGUAUUUAUCGUUGUGUUCCUGUAGCCUUGUGGCGGUGUCGCUUUCAUGGUUGAAGGGACUCAAGUUGUGAUUUUUGCAGCAGCCAGUUUUACAGAUAAGCAUCGGGAAGUUACACCCAGAUUUAAAAGUCAAUACAAAUCUAUGAUACAUUUUUUUGAAGUGCUGUAACCCCUUUAUACUUAAAUACUGAAGUGGUAUUAUAAUAAAGAGAUUUUAACAACAUUUCUUGUACUUACGUAGGUCUGCCACCACAAGCCCAGUCUUAAGAGGAAAAUUAUGAUGUGAUUAGCUCGAUAAACGACCUCUGCUAGUUAAGGUAUAAUGUUAAAUGGGAUUGAAGCGAAAAUAACUGAUCCACAUAAGGCUGACUGGACUUAAGGGAGACCAUACUGGCUACUAAUGGAACUUGAAGAGCAGCAGCCUUCCUGUGAGAAGGAGAGAGGUAAAGCCACACACAGAGGUAGACAACUCACUGUAGCAGUCAGGUUGGGCCUGCGUAUUAAAUGCUCCUCUAAAUAAAUUUCCAAGGACUGUGGUGGAGCUUCAUCUAAUCAUGUAACACUAGCUAAUGAACACCUACUAUACCUGCAGAGCAUGAUUAAAACCAACAACUGCUUUUGUUAGGUAGACUUCUCUCAUUUACAAAACCUCCUCAUUUUUGCGUGGGAUUUUUCUUUUUUUUUCAAUAUUUUGAAUUUGAUUUUUUGGUUUGGAAAAAAGAAGUGUUUAUUGUGAUUACUUGUUAAUUAGUGAUGUAAUUAUUAAACAUAAAAUAAAUUGGACUAAAUCUCA